UGCCGACACAACCUCCACCACAUAACCACUCACUGUUGUAGCCUUUCACCACUACUACUACCAAUACCACCAGCAUGAAGUUUGUCGUGUUAGCCGCCCUGGUCGCCGUCGCCGCCUGCGCCAAGCUACCUGGAGGACAGGAGGAAUUUGUAGAGCAUCAUCAAGAAAUUUUUCCACAGCGGCCACAGUUCGCCAUCAUCCGCGACGACCGCUUGGCGCCAGAGGGAGCCUUUUACAACACCGACGUAGAGACUGAGAACGGCAUCAUCUUCAGCGAGAACGGCCAUGAGGGCUCCCUUGGCCAGAGCAACGCCGAGGGCUCCGUCUCGUACACUUCUCCAGAGGGUGAUCUGAUCGAAGUUACCUACGUUGCUGAUGAGCUGGGAUUCCGAGCCGUUGGUGCUCACAUCCCCACUCCUCCUCCUCUCCCCGCUCACGUUUACGAACUCCUCCGCAUCGCCGAGGAGCAGAGGGCCGCAGGCAUCACCUUCGAAUAAGACGGACGGCGAUGACGAGCGGAGUACCCAAGGACGAUGAUCCCAAGUUAUUUAGGGAGGGGUCGUGAAGGGCUCCUUUGAGGGUCAUUUCGACGUCGAUACGAGGUUACCUUUAUUCGACAUCAUCCAAGGGAUAUCUAGAUGUUUCUUGAAGUCAUCCUUUAGAGGGUUAGAGAGAGGUCUUUUCAAAGGGUCAUGUGAGGAGAGUUCAAAUUUAGGUAUGAAUGUUAUGAAGUGUCACCUGUAUAAGGGACACCUGAGUGGCAACUGAAUGAGUGUCACUUGAAUGAAAAGAUCUACUGAAUGAUUGCCACUUGAGUGUCUUCAGCCGUUAAGUCUCCAUUCCACGGUGUCAGAAGUAACAACCUUUGACACCGUGUAGCAUGUGACCCUUGACCAGACCAGAUAUAAGAUCCUUCACAAUGGACAUUCCUCUUCUAGUCUACGGCGACACACACACACUUUUUUAUAUUUACACCACAAAUUUUCUUAACGAUUAACUAAAAAUAAAGAACAUAAACAUUAA